GGCAAGGGAAGGAAAGGUUUUCUUUCAUCUACAAACCCCACUAAGCGAAAGAAAAAAGCCGCAAGGGAGGAGGGAGCGUGAGGGGAGUAGUGGCGCGCGUUUUCUCCCCCACGAGCACCGACGGCUUCAGUUCAGCGGUGCCGCGCGAAGCGAACGAUAGUGAGCGAGGAGCGCCUUAUUCCCGCGCUACCUGAACGGAAAACAGCGAGAAGAGCGGCAGAGCGCGAGCGAGAACACCGGGGUGAAAGGAGACAUCGAGAGAGAAGGCGGGAAGAAGUGCGGUCUACCUUGCAAGAAAAAGAAGAUUAAGAGACGGGGCCGAUAAAGGAUGGAGGAUUGGCGGGAACUGCUGAGACACGGAGCCCUGGUGACUUAGGAUAUUUUGAGCGGGCGCACAACACAUCGGAAAAGCUAAACAAAGCAAAAACAAAACAAGAUGCUGUCACUGGGAUAGGGCGCCUAGUUGAGAGUGAGCGCGUGAGUACGAAUGAGUGAUGGGGAUAUGCAUAUGCGCCGAGCGCUGCUUCUUGCUACUCGCCCGACAGUUUGACAGUAGUGCGGUGAUGCGAGAGCGGCAGGAAUAGAAACGCGCAUCAGAGGCAAGGCUGCAAAGGGGUAGUCUGACAGUGCAGGAGCGUUAUGUUCAAAUGGUCCGGUGAGCGCGUAUGACCAAAAAAAAGAAAAAAAAGUAGGCUACAGACCAGCUGUUAAAGAGUAAAUCAGGGUCAGGCGCCCCCCAGAGACGGUGGAUUGCUUAGGCAGACCGACCACCACAACAACAUCACAUAGUGGUGGAGAGAGACCGAUGUAACCGACGGAACAGGGAACAGGUGCACACCCAGAGAAGGGCCUGUCAGGUUAACACACACACACACACACACACACACACACACACACACACACACACACACACACACACACACACACACACACACACACACACACACACACACACACACACACACACACAGGAAUACGUAAACAAGAAUGUGUGCCUCUUCUACAGAAAACCUCGAAAGCCAAGUGGUUUGAAUGCAGUCAGGGAUGAAUGUGUGCGUGCUUGCAUGCAUGUGGCUGUAGUAAAACAAAAAAAACACAACGAUGCGCCUCUGAAGAUCUUCAGGAUACCUCUAUCGUUACCGCUCCGCCCCCUGGCCCUCGCUCCACCCCGUCGCACAAGGCACCUCGCCGAGGGGCCUGGCAUCGCUAGCUACCGUGCCGCAAGCAGUGGGGAGUGGGGCUGAUUAGUCGAGUGUGGUGAAUGCUUCUUGGACCGUCAGCCAUGGGAGAAUGGACCAUCCUGGAGCGCCUCCUGGAGGCCGCUGUGCAGCAGCACUCUACCAUGAUUGGGAGGAUCCUGCUGACAGUGGUGGUGAUCUUCCGCAUCCUGAUCGUUGCCAUCGUGGGCGAGACGGUGUACGAGGACGAGCAGACCAUGUUCAUCUGCAACACCCUCCAGCCGGGAUGCAACCAGGCCUGCUACGACAAGGCCUUCCCCAUCUCCCACAUCCGCUACUGGGUGUUCCAGAUCAUCCUUGUGUGCACGCCCAGCCUCUGCUUCAUCACCUACUCUGUGCACCAGUCGGCCAAGCAGCGGGACCGCCGCUACUCCUUCCUGUACCCCAUCCUGGAGCGGGACUACGGCGGCCUGGGGGGCGGCCUGGGGGGCGGCCUGGGGGGCGGCCUGGGGGGCGGCCUGGGGGGCGGCGGAGGGGGCGGAGGCGGGGGCGGCGUGGGACGCAAGCUGCGCAACAUCAACGGCAUCCUGGUGCAGCACGGCGACAGCGUGGGCGGCAAGGAGGAGGCGGACUGCCUGGAGGUGAAGGAGAUCCCCAACGCUCCGCGCGGCCUCACGCACAGCAAGAACUCCAAGGUGCGGCGGCAGGAGGGCAUCUCGCGCUUCUACAUCAUCCAGGUGGUGUUCCGCAACGCUCUGGAGAUCGGCUUCCUGGCGGGCCAGUACUUCCUGUACGGCUUCAGCGUGCCGGGCAUCUUCGAGUGUGACCGCUACCCGUGUCUGAAGGAGGUGGAGUGCUACGUGUCACGGCCCACCGAGAAGACGGUGUUCCUGGUGUUCAUGUUUGCCGUGAGCGGCCUGUGCGUGGUGCUCAACCUGGCCGAGCUCAACCACCUGGGCUGGAGGAAGAUCAAGGCGGCCAUCCGGGGCGUGCAGGCCCGCAGGAAGUCCAUCUGCGAGAUCCGGAAGAAGGACAUGGCGCACCUGUCCCAGCCACCCAACCUGGGCCGCACGCAGUCCAGCGAGUCCGCCUACGUCUGAGCGACCACCACCUUUCAGCGAGGACAGCGCUCGACCCCGACCACGAGGGGUGGGGGGGGGGAGAAGAGUGAAUGAGUGCAAAGCUAGAGCGAGAGUGAGAGAGAGAUAGAGAGAGUGAUCUUUUAAUUAAUUAUUUCUAAACAUCGGAGGAGAGGAAAUGGAUGGUCCGAUAGAUUUCUUCCACCUACUCCAUGUGGCCGGGAUAGGAGACGCGACGAGAAUGUAAGACCCGAACGGAUGACUAUCAGUGUGCGGAGGUUUUGAAACGAGUCAAUGAAAAUAUAGGAUUGUAUUUUGCCACAGAAGAGAGGGAAAGGAGUACCAUUCCAAUUGCCACAGAUUAUUUUUUACCACAUUAGAUAUAUUUUCUUUUUUUUGUUCUCUACUCUCUCCAUGCCCUCCCAUGUCUUUUGAUGGGAGCCUCAAAGGGCCAAAAUAAAUGACAAAGGCAGGGACAGCGAAGCAAAUACUGCCUCACUGGGUAUAGGGACGAGAGAAGAGAGGCAGAGAGUAGGAGCUUGAUUUAUCCCAUGGUGCGCCUCUUCUCAUGCUGGACUCUGUCAGUCCAGUAGCAUUGUAGAGAAAGGAGGGGGGGAAGGAGGGAGAGUGGAAGGAAGGGAUUGAGGAAGGGAGAGAUGGAGGAAAGGAGGGAUGGAGGAAGGGAAGAAGAAGAGCAAGGAACAGGGGAGAUGAAGGAACUCACGGAAGGAACGUAGUUAGGAGCAGCGGAAGACCUGUCAAGGCCAUGA